CCGUACCGUACCUGGUGUAGCAGCAGCAGCAAAAAGUCAAAGGAUUGAUUGAUUACCUUAGCUGCCAGGUUCCCAAAUCGCAGCUGUCAAUUGUACUCUGCCCACUUUGACAUCCAAACACCGACAGACCAGGCCUGACUCCACCAGCUCCCACCUUUUCCGACCAUCAACCGUCGACCGUCCUCCCCAUCUCUGAUUCCUCGUUUCUCAGUCAGAUCCCAGCCAGCCCAAACACCAAAGACCCAACCUCGUUGCCACAGCCUCCCGAAGCAGGCGACACAUCCCACACCAUCGCUCGAUCCUCUGGCCUGGUGCUCCAGUCCAGCCAGACAAAGACACAAUGUCCGACAUCGAGGACAACGACUCCCGCCAGGCGUCGCCCGCGCCUGAGGACGAGGUCCAAGCAGCAGGCAUCAACGACGGCGACAUGUCCGACCGCGACUCAGACAUCCUGUCCGAGGUGGGCGACAUCGACCUCGAAGAGUACGACCCCCUCAAGGCCAACAUCGAGCAGCGGCCCGUCGACAUCGACGAGGACGUGGCCAAGUCGCUCAAGGCGACCAAGCGGAAGCGCGCCGAGGGCGAGGCGGCCUCCAAGAAGCCCAAGGAGGGCCGGCGGCCCAAGAAGCGGCGCACAGAGGACGGCGACGAGGUCAGCGCCGCCGACGGGACCAUCAUCGAGGGCAAGAGGCGGCGCGCCGGCGGCGGCUCGGGCGGCGGCGGCGAGAAGAAGCCCAAGAGCCGCUCCAAGCGGCCCUCGCCCGAGCCGGAGAACGACGAGCACCUGACGCCUGAGCAGAGGCGGGCGAGGGCGAUCGAGAGGGCGAUGGAUGCUGCCGUCAAGGGGAAGAGCAACAAGAGGCGCACCAAGAAGGACGAGGUGGACCUGGAAGAAGAGCUUGACGAUAUCAUCGCAGACCUCAAGGUCAAGAUGGAGACGGCGUGUAAGGAGGACAACGCGGCGCGCGAGGACGACCGGGCCGCCGUGGCCAAGAUCAAGCUCCUGCCCGAGGUGAUGACGCUCCUGAACCGGCAGAACAUCCAGCACGCCAUCCUGGACCCGGAGACCAACUUCCUGCAGGCCGUCAAGUACUUCCUCGAGCCCCUGCAGGCCGACGGCAGCCUGCCCGCCUACAACAUCCAGCGCGAGAUCUUCACCGCCCUGACCAAGAUGCCGGUGGAGAAGGAGGCCCUGCUGUCCAGCGGCAUCGGCCAGGUCGUGCUCUUCUACACAAAGACCAAGCGCGCCCAGCCCGAGAUCAAGCGCAUGGCCGAGAGGCUCAUGGGGGAGUGGAGCAGGCCCAUCCUGCAGCGGACAGACGACUACAAGAAGAGGCAGAUCGAGGCCCGGUACAUAGAUCCAGACUCCCUCAAGUACAGAGGCCCAGGCUCCCAGGCCGCCCCCUCCUCCCAGCAGUCCCUGGCCCACCGGCCAGGAGGCGUCAGCAGCAGCGGCAAGAAGGUCAGCUCCGUGUCCGAGAGGCUGGCGGCGAAGCGGGCCGCCGCCCUCGAGCCCGUCCGCGCGACGAACCGCGCCCGGCCCGCCGGCAUGCCCGUCUCCUACACCAUCGCGCCCAUCUCGCAGCUCGGCAGCGGCGCCGGCGGCGGGGCCGACCACAGGCCCGUGGGCGCGGGCACCGAGCAGGCGUUCAGGAAGAUCACGCAGGGGAAGAAGAAGAGCGGCAACUAGGCGGACAGGACAGGACGGCUGGGUGCUCGCCCUUCCUUCUUAUGUUUUUUGUGGGGGGCUACGAAAGGAGAACGGAGUGGUUGCGGACACUGCGGCGAAUGGGUUCUGCAGUUGUGCGGGCCUCCUUUUUGGUAGAGCUGUUGGUGUCGUGGGCGCCGUGGUGAAGGCCUUUCCUGGCCCUUCAGUUUUGGCAUUGCAGGUGACGCGAACCGUCGGAUGACAAGCGAGUCCACGUAAUGGGGUGUAGCUUUCUAUGAGAAAGAACGCUCGGGUUGGUUCAUCGACCGUCUGACGAUGUCAUUUCCUUCCUUGGUGCAGGACGAGAAGAAAGCACGGCCGAUAGAGCGGAGUUGGGCCAAGGGUUCGUGAAAGAUGGGUGGAUGGAUCAUCCGGUCAGUUGCAUGAAUAUCGGUGGCCCAAACUACAACGAAGGAGCAUGCCCAUGAUGAAGUAGAAUGCACAUGCAUGUGCGCAGAGUCUGUUGGUGGUCGGAUGGAUGCAUGAUCGGGGCUUGGGUCACUUGGUCGGUUGGCCCCAUCAAUACCACACAUGAGCAAGAUGAGUAUCGCAUAUCAAGACGAAGACUAUGGGCUACAAUACAAUUAUCCAAAAUAUCCACCCUUUAGGGUCUUCCUUUGUCUCAAAGUUGGAAGACCUCACUUGCAAAAGACAACGUUCUCCCCUCCCUUUGCCAACCAGGCAGGCUCAACAUCAAAGCUGGGGUUCUCCUCUUUGGUUUUUUUGGUUCCUCAUGGAGUUUCCCACGCACAACCGAGCCUGACCGACCUCAUGCCAAACGGGCAAGCAUGUACAUUGC